AUGCAGUGGCACUUGGAGCUGGUUGGUGCGGCUGCACGGGACAAGGGCAGUACCAACUGGCUGGGCCACUCGUCCUCUGUGGGGGCCCUGCCAGGCUUCCAGGUCCCAGUGACAUCCCAGCCGGCCUGUCCUGUGACCCUGCAGGAGAUGCUCCUCCCUCCCCACUGGUUAAUCAGCCCGUUUACAAGAUCACAGCGUAGGCAGGGGAAGGUUGACCGGGUGAAGGUGAUUGUUCACCACAACGCCCCACACUCUGCCGCUGGGACUCUGUGUCCUGACCCAGGGUCAGGACACUUGGCCAAGAAGACCUUCCGCUUGGGGCCCAGGGAGUGUGGCGCGGACUCGAGAGUCAUGGGCCUGUUCCGGGCGAUCCCGAAGCUGCUGCAUAAGCAUGUGGUGAUGGCCUGUACGGCCCCGGGCCACCAGCACGUCCUCAGAAAUGGGGGGCUCAGGUUCACGGUGGUUCCUUCCAGAUUUCAGGAGAAUGUCAGGAAAGCCUCCUCCUCCUCCCCUUACCCAUACACCAUGGAAACAGCCAAGCAGAAGGCCCUGGAGGUGGCCAGGAGCAUGCACCAGAAACACGGGAAGGCUGUGGAAGACAGAGAUGGCAAACCCACGGUGCAGAGCCUCCCCCCAACUGCCAUUGUGGAACUGAUAGAUGGCUUCAAGGUGUCCAAGGCCCUGUUCACGGCUUGCAAGAUGAAGGUGUUCGAUUUGCUGGGAGACGAAGGCCCCCUGAGCGGGGCGGACGUUGCCAGGAAAAUCGGUGCCUCAGAGGGCGGAACUGGACAGCUGCUGGACGCCUGUGCAGGCCUGGGCCUGCUGGACAAGACAGAGGGAGGUUACAGCAACACACCCCUGGCCACCCUGUACCUGCUGUCGAAUGGCGAGUACUCCUUCCACAGCUUCGUCAUGAUCCACGAGGAAUUCAUAUGGCCCUUCUUCUCCUACCUGGACUUUGCUGUCCGGGAGGGCACCAUCCAGGCCCAGAGGGCUCUGGGCACAGCAGGGGAGGACCACUAUCAGCAGUCCUUCUACCCAAAUCGAGAAAAGAAGCUGCAGUUCAUGCGGGCCAUGCACGGCCACACCAAGGUAGCUGCUCGCCACGUGGCCACAGCCUUUGACCUGUCUGGAUUCACCUCUGCCUGCGACCUGGGAGGGUCCACAGGCGCCCUUGCCUACGAGCUGGCCCGGCAGUACCCGGGUCUGAAGGUGACCAUAUUUGACCUACCAGAGGUCAUCGAGGAUGCCGUGUUCUUUAAGCCCCAUGGACCCGAGGCAGGGCAGGUCAGCUUCGUGCCAGGGGACUUUUUCCGAGACACCCUCCCGGAGGCUGACCUGUACAUCCUGUCCAAAAUUCUGCACAACUGGCCCGACGACAAGGUGCACCAGCUGCUGAGCCGCAUCUCCCGCAGCUGCAAGCCAGGUGAGACGGCCUCUUCGACCUCCUUUUCAGACACACGCAGGAUCCCAGUGGCUGCUCUCGUGCACACAGGUGGCGGCCUCCUGCUGGUGGAAAUCCUGCUGGAUGAGGACAAGUGCAGGCCCCUGCCCGCCUUGCUGAAGUCGCUCACCAUGAUGGUGCUGUUCCAGGGCCGGGAGCGCAGCCUGAGCGAAUACUGCAGCCUGCUGCAGGCGCACGGCUUCACCGACGUGCGGGCCGUGCGCACUGGGAGCAUCGCGGAUGCCGUCCUGGCCACCAGAGCCUGA